ACCUUCCUCUCCCAAACCCUCUCUCUCUCUCUCUCUCUCUCUCUCAGUGGCUUUGAAUUUUUGUUUGUGCGCGAGCAGUUUUUUCUCUUUUUUUUCGGCUCUCAGUUUCUGGGGCCUCUCUCAGACUACAAUUGACUUUCUGUGUGGAAGCUCUUCUCGGAGGAGCUUCACGACCUGGGGCGGAAUGGCGCGAAUGCCACUAAGCUCGACGCCCAUAGAGAUUGGGGUGGUCGGAGCUCUUCUUUCCAGCUGGUGGGACCAGAUCAACGACUCCACUAGGUGGCAGGACGGGAUCUUCUACACUCUCUGCGCAGCUUACGCCCUCGUCUCCUCAGUUGCCCUGAUUCAAUUAAUAAGGAUUGAGUUGAGAGUGCCUGAAUAUGGUUGGACAACGCAGAAAGUUUUCCAUCUCAUGAACUUCAUUGUUAAUGGAGUACGUGCAAUUGUGUUUGGAUUUCACACGCAAGUGUUUGUAUUGCACCCAAAGGUUCUAGUUUCGGUCUUAUUGGAUCUUCCAGGUCUUCUAUUUUUCUCUACAUACACACUCCUUGUCCUUUUUUGGGCAGAGAUAUAUCACCAGGCAAGAAGUCUACCAUCUGAUAAGCUCAGGAUUGUUUAUAUCUCAGUUAAUGCUGGAGUUUAUUUUAUACAGGUUUGCAUCUGGAUAUACAUUUGGAUCAAUGACAACAACGUUGUUGAAUUCAUUGGAAAGAUAUUUAUUGCAGCCGUGUCAAUUAUAGCUGCAUUAGGUUUCUUGCUAUACGGAGGAAGGUUAUUUUUCAUGUUGAGACGUUUUCCAAUUGAAUCAAAAGGAAGAAGGAAGAAGCUUCAUGAGGUUGGAUCUGUUACAGCUAUAUGUUUCACCUGCUUUCUUAUAAGAUGCUUUGUCGUCAUUUUAUCUGCUUUUGAUUCAGAUGCAUCACUUGAUGUCUUGGAUCAUCCUAUCUUAAACUUGAUUUACUACAUGUUGGUUGAAAUCCUGCCUUCGGCUCUAGUCCUCUACAUCCUGCGCAAGUUGCCUCCGAAGAGAAUAUCAGCCCAAUACCACCCCAUACGUUGACAGUGAUGCACACGAGUGAUUUUUUUUAGUGGGUUAGAUCCUAGCGGAGUUGAGCAGGAGGAGAGCCAAGAAGAAAAGAAAAUCCAGAUGUAGUAUUCUGGAUGGCUCAUGAUGCAGCUAUUCUUUUUUAUGUUUUUUCAUGUAUAUUUCUCAGCUGUUUGCAGCUUGCUGGUUGGGAUUCAUUUCUUCAAUUCUGCUUGGAUCAUUUGAAUUCAAGGCUGGUUAAAAGUGAUGUUUGGUCCACAGAUGGAAAAAGAGAAAGCUUUUUGUAAUUCUGGUGUUGUAGGUCUCAUUUUAGUAUGUGGUUUAGCCUUUAAUAAUCAUGGUGUUGUGGUGUGUGCUGAACGGUUAUUCGAAACAUAUUUAUUUGUUCCCUAUAUUUCAUUUCACACGAUAAUUGUAGUUGACUUUUAGGCAUUUAGUGUUGAAGCAUUGUAAAUUUGAAUUUAAUGCUUUUGAGUUGAGCCAUGAAUAAGGUUAUUAGAUUGAAAUGUAAUUUCUGUUUUGUUUAGUU